AUGUUGUUCGUAGGCAAUGUAGCUAGAGAAGAAGCGGACAGCGUUGGUCAGGUCAUGGACCGAUACAAUAGUCUCGAACAUACUCAUACGAUGGUACCAGUGGGGGAUGUCUCAGCGCGUCAUGCCGUAAGGGCCCUUGGUGGCGAGUCAGGUUUCUUUCUGACAACGGUGGCCGUUGUUUACUUACUGGAUAUCGUGCAGAUACACCACCAAUUUAUCCAGAUAUCCGAUGGAUACACCCUUCAGGACCCCUUCGCUCUCAUGCUAUCAACAUCUAACGUCCAGUGGCUCUCGUCCUCGUUGACUCAUGGUAUACCGCUAGUUCCCUGCUUCUUGACCGUGCUCAGCACUCCGGAGUCCACCAUCAGAUACACAUCCUCGACCAAUCUAGUUUCUCUCAAUGGUGCGCCUCUUGGCAAGCAGACAUCACGGAACGCACAAAGACAACAACCGACCGCCAUCGGAAGAUUUGUAGCCUUCCUUUCCUUAUUGUACGCGUGA